UGGCUCGGGUUGUGCGCCGCGCCACACUUCGCGGCUUUGAGCCAGAGAUUUAUGGGAAGACUGUUUGCGCAGGCGCGCCUAGUUCGCCGAAUUGACUUGUGGUUCCUGUAGUUUCUGUAGACAGCCGCCGGCGGGUCCGAAAUCCGGCGAGCUGUGGGCGGCUGCCGGGGCCGGGAUUCCAGGCUUGGUCACCUCUGCGGCCCUAGCCCCUCUCUUCGGCAGCCCUAACACCCCUCAUUCCGCUUCCUUUCGCCUUGAUCCGCAGCUCCUAGGAUGGAUCCCGGGCCCGCCCCUGACGGGGCCCCGAUAGUUGGCCUGGCCUGGGUUUUGGCUUCGGCUGUCCCUCCCCGGGGCUACAGCGCGAUCACAAGCACAGUGGAGGGGACACCUGCCAACUUUGGAAAGGGAUUUGCACAAAAGUCUGGCUACUUCCUGUGCCUCAGUCCUGGGGAAACUGGACCUGGCAGUGCCGACAGCAGUGAGACUCCCCAGGAAAAUGUGGUCACAGAUAUCCAGAUCCUAAAUGAGAAAACACCUCUUCCCAUGGGCUUCACCUAUAUCAGCGAGUUCCUAGAUACCAAGGCAUCCGUAUCAAAAAAGAAACGGGUCUGCAUGAAGCUGGUCCCCCUUGGAGUGGCUGAUACGGCUGUGUUUGAUGUCCGACUGAGUGGCAAGAGCAAAGUGGUUCCAGGAUACAUGCGUGUUGGGGAAAUAGGUGGCUUUGCAGUUUGGUGUAAGAAAGGUAAAGUCUCCAAGCCCAAGCCCCUUCCUAAGCCUCGGAACAUCAGCUUGGGGAUGAGUGGCCUCUCACUGGAUAAGUUCAGCUCAGAGAAGCCAUCCACAUUGAGCUCAAGACAAGGGACCAUCAGGAGGAGUGAUUCCAUCUAUGAGGCAUCUAGUCUAUAUGGCAUCUCAGCCAUGGAUGGGGUUCCCUUCAUCCUGCACCCCAAGUUUGAAGGCAAAGACAAUGGUCCAACGGGCUUCUCUACUUUUGCUGACCUGACCAUCAAAUCUCUGGCUGACAUCGAGGAGGAGUACAACUAUGGCUUUGUGGUGGAGAGGACAGCAGCAGCCCGCCUGCCUCCCAGUGUCUGUUAGCUCCCAGUGGAGAAGGAGUCAGCCUUCAAGAUUCUGGAAUGGGCACAGCCGGUGCAUUGCUAACCACAGUGCCUCUCUUCUUCUUCCUCUUGCUCUCUCUGCCCGUUGGGUGACACUACACUCCAUGGUCCCUUCUGAUGUCUGGAAGCCUACAGCCUGUCACAGCAUCUCGGGGACAGGCAGCUCAGCCCCUAACGGGAACCUGAGAAUUUCCCACUGAUGGUGCCUGGUGAAGGUGUGGGGAAAGGAGGGGUCCUGAAGAUAUUCUGCCAAGUACCAGAGGUUAUGCUCUGGCACAAGUAUCUCAGAGGGUUCCCUGCCCCAGAGCUGAUAUGGCUCUUGGCAGACAGGGAACAAAAUAAGUGCCUUGGACUUUUUUUUCCUGGUGCUAAGCCUGCAGGACUGGCUCAAUUUGCUCUUAGUAAUAAAGACUUCUUCUUGA